GAUGACGUCACCGUUACGUUUGGCAGAGAGAGAAUCGGCUUUUUCGUCGGCCUUUGAAGUGUUAGCUUGAAGUUUUUCUGUAGCGCGCGAGCCCGUUCAAACCAUAGACUGCGUCUGCGCCGCUGUUCGAUACCGGCAGUGGCGACGUCUAGGGUAGAAAAACUAAAACAAGACGCUAGCAGGAGGGUGUGAAUAGUCAAGUGUCAUAUGACCUAAACAGCUAAAGUCAAGACGUGACACUUGGAACACCAUGGAUCUGGACGGUAGGAAGACCGCCACACAUGGGAGCGAGCAACUUCGCGUGUGAGACUGCGCGUUCCGGCUUCCCGCCGUCGCCCGCCUCCCUGACGCCGCCAUGGCGGUGCGCAGAGAGCACGGCUCGCGGGCGCAGAGGCCGUGGUCGGUGUACCGGGCCAGCACCUUUGAGCUCUCUAACGAGAUGAUCAGCUUGGCUCUGGCAGGAAAUAGUCAGGAUCCAGAUGAGCCUGUGCUGGAGUUCAGUGUGGCCUGCGCAGACCUGACGACCCCUGCUUUGGAUCGAAAGCCCAGCAGCUUCGUCGCAGUGAGCUGCACCACACCGCCGCAGGCCUUCUGGACCAAGCACGCCCAGACCGAGGUCAUAGAGGGAACCAGCGACCCGGUCUUCCUCAGCAGCAUGGCCUUCUUCCAGGACUCCAACAUCAACCAGCAGACGCAGGUCAAGCUGACCGUGUACGACGUGAAGGACCGCCUGCAGAGCACGAUGUACAUGCUGGGCUCUGCGUUGUUUUCGGUGAAGGAGCUGCUGCAGGAGAAGAAUCACAAGUUAGAGCUGGAGCUGAGAUCAGCAGAGAACAAGCGGGUGGGUAGUGUCAUCAUCGCCGCCUGGCACGUGGACGACAAGUCAGACCAGAGAACGUCGGUUGGCCGCUUUCCAGACAGCAUCAACGGUCGGACGAUGCUUCCUGUGGACGAAAGCCUGACAGAGUCCAUGGGAGUUCGGAUCAAGUACGCUUCGUUAUGCAAAGACAGUCUUCUGCGCUCUGUGUUCGGAGGAACCAUGUCCCGGAUGUACCGCUUCCCCAGCACCGGCGGGAAACACCUGCGGGUUCUGGAGCAGAUGGCGGAGAGCGUGCUGUCGCUCAACGUUCCCCGACAGUUUGUCAAACUGCUGCUGGAGGAGGACGCUGCCAGGGUGUGUGAGCUGGAGGAUCUUGGAGAAUUGUCCCCCUGCUGGGAGAACCAGAGGAGGCAGAUCGUGUCUCAGUACCAGACCGUCAUCCUGGCGUACCAGGAGGCGCUGUCCGACCUCAACGGCUACAGAGGUCCCUCCUUCAAGGCUAGCAACCUGAAGGCGGACAGGAAGCUGGAGUUCGUGCCGACCAACCUCCACGUCCAGAGGAUGAGGGUGCAGGACGAGCUGGGCUUUGAGCACACCUACGACGUGUUGACCGUCGGCGCUCCGGCCGCUCACUGCCGCGGCUUCAAAAGCGGCGGACUGAGGCGGCACCUUCAGAAGUUUGAGGAGGCAAAGAAACACAUAUUUGAGGAGGAAUGCGCCCUCUCCAGCUCACAGUCCAUCGUCUACAUACCCCAGGACAUAGUCCGAGCCAAAGAGAUCAUUUCCCACGUCAACACUCUCAAGACUCAGGUCAGCUACUACGCCGAGAGGCUUUCCCGAGCCGCCAAAGACCGAUCCGCCAGCGGCCUGGAGAGGACUCUCGCCAUUCUGACCGAUAAGACACGUCAGCUUGUGACGGUGUGCGACUGUAAGCUCCUGGCCUCGGCCAUCCAGGCCUUGAACGCAGCACGGCCGGAGUACAUCGCCUCCAAGGCGUCCCCAUCCGCCGAUUCGGAACAAGUCGUUCUGCGCAACGAUCAGGACACGCUGCUAGCUAAGUGGAGCGGCUCCAACAGCCGGUCUUCUCUGCACGUGGACUGGCACGAAGAGGAGUGGGAGAAGGUGUGGUCAAACGUGGACAAGUCUCUGGAGUGCAUCAUCCAGCGGGUGGACAAGCUGCUCCAGAAAGACAGAAAACCCAGCAUCAGCCGGCAGACCAGUACCCAGAGCGACCCGCAGGGCGGCGACUCUAAAAAGGGAGAGGCGCGAGCUUUCUGGAUCAACCCAGGAAGCGGCUCCCAGGAUUACCCUUCCACCCCCGAGGCGCCCGCUCCCUCCUCAUCAUCCUCCUCUUCCUCUUCACUCAUCCUUUCAUCUGAAAAGCAGGACAGCUACGGAAGCCCCUGUGCCGAGGAGGCGUACCCAGGCGAGUGGAGCGAGGCGCUGUACCCCCUCCUCACCACGCUGAGCGAGUGCGUCGCCAUGAUGAGCAACAAGGCCAAGCAGUCCAUGGUGUUCCUGCUGAUGCAGGACAGCGCCCCCACCAUCUCCAUGGACGUGACGCUGCAGUACCGCCGCGACGUCGUCUUCUGCCAAACGCUCACCGCUCUCAUCUGCGGGUUCAUCAUUAAGCUGAGGAACUGUCUCCGUGACAACGGGUUCCUGCGACAGCUCUACACCAUCGGCCUGCUGGCUCAGUUUGAGUCGUUGCUCAGCACCUACGGGGAGGAGCUCGGCAUGUUGGAGGACAUGAGCGUCGGCGUCAUGGAUCUGCGGAACGUCACCUUUAAGGUCACCCAGGCGACCAGCAGCUCCGCCCCCGACCUGCUGCCGAUCAUCACGGGAAACCGGGACGGCUUCAACGUGCGCAUCCCGCUGCCGGGAACCAUGUUCGACGCGCUGCCGCGGGAGAUCCAGAGCGGCAUGCUGCUGAGGGUGCAGCCGGUCCACUUCAACGUCGGCAUCAACGAGCAGCAGACGCUGGCCGAGAAGUUUGGAGACACGUCACUGCAGGAGAUCAUCAACACAGAGAGUCUGUCCAGACUGAACUCCUACUACGAACAGUUCAAAGAAGUCCUGCCUGAAGACUGUCUCCCGAGGUCCCGCUCCCAGACCUGCCUUCCUGAGCUCCUGAGGUUUCUGGGACAAAACGUCAACGCUCGAAAGAACAAGAACGUCGACAUCCUCUGGCAGGCGGCCGAGAUAUGCCGCCGCCUCAACGGCGUUCGGUUCACCAGCUGUAAGAGCGCCAAAGACCGCACGGCCAUGUCGGUGACACUGGAGCAGUGCCUGAUCCUGCAGCACGAACACGGCAUGGCGCCGCAGGUGUUCACGCAGGCGCUCGACUGCAUGCGCAGCAUCGGGACAAGGGAGAGCGUGAUCCAGAAGAACCUGAGCGGCUUGCUGCCGGUGCGCGACCUGCGCCUGGACCCCAGCCUCCUGUACUCCCUCCCCCUGCUGGCACUCAGCCCCAGCCUGCUGGUGGUGUGGAUCUUCCUCACCGUGGCGUUCCUCUUGGCCAAACUGCGCUGCAGCUGAGCACCGGGACGCUUUCCCAGAAGGACUUGUGACUCCGCCCCCACACAACAAACCCAGCGUGGUUUUGAAACCACCGUCCACACGGAUCACCGCUGGCUAACCGCCACUCAAAGGGCUUUGUGCUGCUAGCGCCCGUUUCUCAAGGCUCCGCCCCUUUCAUCUUCAGUCUUUGAUCUUCUGGACUGAAAAUCUACAACUUCUCAUUCGGACUGAAUCUGAUGAGUGGAAAACAAACACGUUCUGAAGCUUUAAUUUGAAAAACUGAUCAAUAGCACUCCUCUAGCUAAAAAAAUCUCUAAUCAAAAUGAAUUUUGUGGAAAAAAAAAAUACCAAUUUAUAUUUAAUUGGAUUGAUAUAAAAAAAUUCCCAUAUUUUGUUUAAACCUAAUUUUUUCCCCUCUUUCCUCAACGUUUCUGUAUUUAACUUUCCUUGAACGUGUUAAUUUUUAAAAGAUCAAAGUGUUUUGAAUCAAGUAUUUAAUCAUAAAGACUUUAAGUUUUGAAUUCAGGAGAAACCUUGUUUUGUUUUAAAAGUUAACAGGGAUUGUGUGGUAUAAAACCACCAAAAGAACAUGUGCUGGUUUCACUUUAUGCGGAUGACACUGCUGUCUUUAGCUAACUCUAACCCAGCUACUUAUAUCUAUAGCAUCCAAAUCUAGCUUCAGGACAGACCCAGUGUAGCUUUUAUAACAAAAGUCUUUUAUUUGUUUUCUCUAUCUUUGUCUUCCAUACGCUUUUUGCACUUAACUUACUCAUGCAAAGGAAACAAAAGCUUUUAUUUUGGUGCCAAAGUGAAUACUCGCUUCUAGUUUAAAUUAGUCUUCCUGUUUUGGAGGAAGUAGGAGUUUUUAUUUAACUUGUGCACUUUUGCAGUUUGGGUGGGCCGCUUACAAAAGCCCAUUUGAGCUAAAAUGGAGCCACGCCCACUUUUAGUUCUCUUUGAGAUGCAGCUCGGUGGGAGGAGCUGGAACUUUGAGGGUAUCAGGAUGUUGAUUUUAGGGAAUCCAGGUUGUUCAUUAUGCAGGAGAGCAUCUUCAGAUGUUAAAGCUGUUCCACGUUUAUUAGCUUUAUAGCGUUAUGCACAGAGAGGGAGGCGGCUUCCAUUGAUGCUUUCAUGCUUGUGCCAAAAAGUCAGGUUUAUAUCGUAUUGACAGUCUAACUGCUCGAUUUUGCUCACAAAAAGUGCAAUGUCAUGCUAUUUAAAGUGCAAUGUCGUCUUAUUUAAGUGUUUUCAUUGAUUAAAACAAAUUUAAGUGAAUGUAAUAUUAUCCUUUAAACAAUUCCAUUAAGUCAUGUAAAAUAUAGAUUUUUUUAAAAUGUAGCAACAAUUAGUCUUUUUAUUUUACAGGAAUUCUGCAGUUUAAGAAUCAAUAUCCUGUAAAGUAUCAGUCACCUCCACAAAUAGGCCUGCAGAGAAACAAAUUGAAUUGUCCUCCCCUGGGGGUCUCCAGUUUCUGAUGGCUGCCAAAAACAAACAGUAUUUGCUCUCUGAGAUCAUCCUAAAUUGUUUAAUUCUAUAUUUGUACUGAAAGAGAACAUGAAUGUAUCUGUCCAUUUUAGACUAAAGAAAGCAGGGAAUUAAAAUCAUAUGCUUACAAAUCAAUAUUUACUAUAUACUUGUUAACGCUAAGAAAUUAUACAUUUACCCAAAAAAGAAACCAACAUAAAAUAAAAAUGAAAUCUCCAGGCUCACCUAAUUUAUUUCACUAACAAUGUAGAAAUAAAAUACCAUAAAUUUCAAUAAAAAUGCAAUUUUUACUUUUGUAUUUUGAAAAUGAAAUGGAUUGCGUCCUGCAUUUAUGAGUACUUAGGCCUUUGUUUGUUUGCUUCUGCCUAAGCUAGGCUAGCUAUUUGGUUUUUGCCUUUUUUAACAUGCUGGCUAAGUGUAGUCAGUUAAAAUCUUUGUAGUGCACAAAAUAUUUUUUGUAAUUGAUAAGAUAAAUUAAGCCCACCCCCUGUAUUUGCUUUCAAAUGAAAGUCUGAUGUAUUAACAGUUAAACUACGUAAUAUUUAUUAGCCUCUGAAAUUGGCUAGCUUUAGCCAAAUGCUAAACUUCACCACAUUCAUUUAUUUAAAGUUAACUAUUUCUGUUUUUUUUUUAAUUUACUUAAUUAAAAAAAUAGUUUCUAUCCCAGUUAGCAUGGGUACAAAUAGGCCUUUUAGUUUCCCGCCUUUUUCAUCUUUCUUUUUUUUCCAUGUUUGCUAAAGGUUAGCUAUGUAAAAAUAAUUUCCUUUACAUAAAACAUUUAAUGUAUUUUUAAUAAAUGUUCUAAAAAUGAUUAAUGAACUUUCCCCCAGUAAAUCAAAGUAACUAUCAUUUGUUUUCACAUAGAAGUUUGUGGUUUUGGGAGGUAAGCUAGUUCAUGUGAAUUAGCCUCUGUUAAAAGCUACACUAUAACUAUGUUUAACUAUGUUUUUUAAAUGUCCCUUAUUAAAGUGUUUAAAAAAUAUAUUAACAAUCCCAGUGAGCAUUGUUGCAAAUAUAAUUAUUUAAUUCAUUAAUUAUUAAUUAAUAUAAACGUUUAAGCUAGUUAUGGUUAGCCUCUGAUAUGUUGUUAGGUUUUAUCAUGUCUAUGCUAAAAGUUCUUGACUUUUGCACAAAAAUGUCUUUAAAGUUUAUAAUUUUUUUUUUACAUUUUUAGGAAAGUCUUAUGAAAAUAUAAAUCCUUAUUAGCAUUGGUGCAAAUUUGCAUCUGUUUGAAGUGCAGUUACAUAGAAAUAUGGCAGAAGGAGAGGUCUCAUUAUUUUUCCAAAACGUAAAGAAAAUAUAUUAAUAAAGCAAUUUUAUCAGCUACAUAUCUAUUAAAUAUAUUAUUACAAUAAAGUUCUUUUUCUUUUAAAUGUUUUUCCCAGUCGUACUUGAAAAGUAACUAUUUUACUUUUGCAAUCUUUUUUUAUGAAUAAUUUGAAUUCAUCAGAGAUAUUAUUGUAAUUGUACUGUAUAUAAAUCCUUGUGUUGCUUAAGUUAUUUGUCAUAAAUUAUUUACUAUAUACGAUAUCUGCCAAAUAUUUAUGCUUGUGCAAUUAUUGUCACUUUAUAUCAAAGAAAAUGUGUCGUUUGGAUGUUUUUGUUCACUUUUUCCAUAACUUAAAAUGCAUUUUUGUGCAUCUUCUGUUAUUGUUUGUUAAACCUAAGAAUCCUGCUGAGCAUUAUGUUAUGUUUAUAUUUUAAGGAGGGUCUUUGAUAUGCUUUAAUAUGGAAUGGAAAAUGAUAGAAUGAUAUUUGUGUUUUGUUUACAGCUAAAAUUUCUGUGUAGCUCAAACCUGAACCGUGUUGUGCGUCAAAAAUCACAUUUCUGGCUGAAUAAAAGUUUUGUGCCUCGA